UUCUGCUCAGCCUUCUAUUAUUUACCGAUUCCGACCCCAAAUCUGUCUCCUGCACCCCAAUAACGAAAAUCAUUUAUAGUUAUCUCUAAAAUCGUUAUUCCUGAUGUCUUUGGGCAAUAGUUGUGUCAAAAACCGGUAAACACGAUGCUCUGAGACCAACAACCUGGCACCGGGGUGACCAAGGAUCUUUGGUCCGGGGUGGUCAGUAGGUCACAAGACACUGGACGGGGAGGACUAUGGCCGCCACGCUCCGCCAGACGCCCCUCACCUGCAGCGGCCACACUCGCCCCGUCGUGCACCUGGCCUUCUCGCAGCUGUGCUCCGACGGCUACUUCCUCAUCUCCGCCAGCAAGGAUGGGAAGCCAAUGCUACGUCAGGGCAACACGGGUGACUGGAUCGGCACAUUCGAGGGCCACAAAGGAGCCGUCUGGGGGGUGGCCCUCAAUGCUGACUCUUCCCGUGCAGCCACGGCAGCAGCAGACUUCACAGCAAAGGUGUGGGAUGCUGUGGCAGGGGAGGAGCUGCACACCUUUUCCCACUCGCACAUUGUGAAGGCUGUGGACUUCUCUCCCAACUCCGCUGAGCUGCUCACCGGCUCCAACGAAAAGCUGCUCAAGAUCUUUGAUAUCACCAAGCCUGAAGCCGAGCCACAGGUGUUCUCAGGGCACACGGGUAGCCUGAAACACGUGCUCUUCAUGAAUGAGGGGAAGCAGAUGCUGAGCUGUGCGGAGGACAAGACCAUCAGGCGCUGGGACAAGGUGUCAGGACAGGAGGUACAGAAGCUGGAGGUGGCCCACAACCCCACAAGCAUGGAGCUCAGCAAUGACAGCAAGACACUUACCAUCACCUUUGGCUCAAAGGUCGCCUUUCUCGACCCUGAAUCACUGGAGGUACAACGAGAGGUGACUGUACCCACGGCUGUGUACUCUGCCUCCCUCCACCCAGACCGAUCUGUAUUCAUCUGUGGUGGAGAGGACUUCAAGAUGUACAAAUUUGACUACAACACCAAUGUGGAGAUUGAGUCCUUCAAGGGUCACUUCGGGCCAGUCCAUUGCGUCCGAUUCAGCCCUGAUGGAGAGCUCUAUGCCUCUGGGAGUGAGGAUGGUACGCUUCGGCUCUGGCAGACUACUGUGGGCAAGACUUAUGGGCUCUGGAAGUGUAUAGACGCGUCCUCUGCCGAGAAUAAUAUUCCCACUAAACCUGAGGCCACUGCUUAAUCAGGAUGGUGCUUCAGGGUGUUUAUAAGUCUGGUUGGUUGCUUGGUUGGUUGGUUCCCUCUUACCCUUUUCUUAUCUUUUCCUUCUUUUCUUUCUUUCCUUCCUUAUCUCACUCCCUCUCUCUUUCUCCUUGCCUCCCUCCCUUCUGCAUUCUCUCAUAGAUUUUUAGUGUCAUUUAGUUGCAGUUUAUCCUCUUCCUCUUUUUCCUUCCUGUAAUAUUUUGUCCUCCUGAAAUGAUUGAAUUACCUCAUUUAUUUAUUGUAGAAUACAUCCUCACCCACAAAAAUUUAUAUAUAGAAGACAGACGGAAAUUGUUGCGGUUAAACUUGUGUUGGUCCAUUCUGUUUACUCAUGUUGGAAGACAACUUUUUUUUCACUUAUUUAUUUUUUUACGUUGAUGGCAAAGCAGGAUACUUUUACUACAUUGAAACACGACAAUGGUUCUCGUGCAUCAGCUCUCAGUUUACUUUUCUUUCCGUUCAUGUUUCCUCCUUCAGUCUUUUCUAUUUCCUUCUAAGAAAUGACUCAUCCCUAGGCAGGUCAGGGCAGCUCAGGUCAACUCUUCCAUGAUCAAGAUGUCAAGGGUCAAAUCACUGUGCCAAGUUUUUUUUUUAAUGUUUUGGCUUGGGAUUUUUAUAUUGAUCUUAAAGUGCCUAAUUUUGUUAAGUAAUUAGGUGCCCCAAGUGGUAACAUUGUUGCCUGUGCCUUAUUAACCUGUUUGGGGUAUUUUUUUUUUUUUUUUUGUGUGUGUGUGCAUGUGUACCUGGGUUCAUGUGUAUUACUGAUAUUUUCUCUCUCUCUCUCUCUCUCUCUCUCUCUCUCUCUCUCUCUCUCUCUCUCUCUCUCUCUCUCUCUCUCUCUCUCUCUCUCUCUCUCUCU